UCCAGAGCCGCUGGUGCUGCUGGCGACAUGAUGGGAAAACCAGAUAGUCUUCAACUGAGUGAUUAACGUUACUGAGUUUUCCCUGCCGGACUUUUCGUACGACAAAAUGAUUCACUAUCGACAGCGAUUUGAGCUCCACCAGGCGACGGCAGAGAUUGGUGUGUAAGUUGUGAAGAGGAAAGUCUGACAGAAGAUUGUCCGUCACUCCCUGCGGCUCCAGUUGAAGCGGGAUCACCACCACAAAUUCACACAGUAACCAAUCUAUCAACGAUACAAAGGUACUUGGGAGUUUUACUGCUGCCACCCUUCUCCUACGUAGCAGAAGAUGUACGGUAGUGCCCGCUCGGUUGGCAGAGGGGAUGCCAACCAUAGUGGCGGCAGAGAUGGAAGUGGUCCCGGCAAUCAGGGAUCCGGCCGUUCCCCUCGCCUACCCCGUUCUCCUCGAAUGGGACACCGCCGCAGCAACAGCACCGGAGGCAGUGGAGGCGGUCCGGGAGGAGCGGGAGGCAAAACUCUCUCCAUGGAGAACAUCCAGUCCCUCAACGCGGCGUAUGCCACCUCAGGACCAAUGUACCUGAGCGACAACGAGGUGGCCAUGGCCGACUACGUUCCCAAAAGUGGUGGGACGAUGACGACCAUGGGGAGACAGCGGGUGACGUACGGCUCAAGGGCCACCAACAGUGCAGUUGUGGCCGCCAGCACGCCCAACAUCUCCACCUCAGUGCCUGGCAAUGCUGCGCUGUCAGCCGGCAUUCUGGCGGGCGAUGCGCUAGCUUUUGGGGACCACCACAUGUCCUCCACUGUGCCUCACUCUCUAAGGCAGGCCAGAGAUAACACCAUACUGGACCUGCAGACUCAACUCAAAGAGAUUCUGCGUGAGAAUGAGAUGCUGCGGCGAGAGGUGGAAGUUAAGCAGAGCAAGCUCAGCUCUUCCAUGAAUUCUAUCAAGACCUUCUGGAGCCCAGAAUUAAAAAAAGAGCGAGCUCUUAGGAAAGACGAGGUUUCCAAGAUCACCGUCUGGAAGGAGCAAUACCGUGUGAUUCAAGAUGAGGCACAGCAUCUCCAGAUGACUGUUCAGGCUCUUCAGGAUGAGAUGAGGAUCCAGAGGGACCUGAACCAGCUGCUCCAGCAAGACCCCGCCAUCCAUGGGCGGGACCUGGUCCUCACAUCUGAACCCACAGAGGAGAACUACCGGCGGCUACAUGCGGAGCACGAGAGGCAGGCCAAAGAGCUCUUCCUCCUUAGAAAGACCUUAGAGGAGAUGGAGUUACGGAUCGACACGCAGAAGCAAACCCUGGGAGCCAGAGACGAGUCCAUCAAGAAACUUUUGGAGAUGCUGCAGAGCAAAGGACAAUCUGCCAAGGCAUCAGAGGAGGACCAGGAGCGGACCAGGAGACUGGCUGAUGCAGAGAUGCACAGGCAUCACCUUGAGAGUUUACUGGACCAGAGAGACCGAGAGGUCAACACACUGAGAGAGUCAUCCGACUCAAUACGAUACGAGGGAACCUCCGAGUCCACAAAAACUAAGGCUCUGCAGACUGUCAUCGACAUGAAGGAUGCAAAAAUCAAUUCGAUGGAGCAAGGACUGAGAGACACGGAAGAGGAGCUGCUGCUGAUGAAAUCCAAUGGACUUCUGAGCUGCGAGGAGCGGCAGGAGGAGAUGAAGCAGAUGGAGGUCUACCGCAGCCACAUGAAAUUCAUGAAGAACAAGAUGGAGCAGGUGAAGCAGGACCUGUCCAGGAAGGACACCGAGCUGCUUGGUUUGCAGACCAAGCUGGAGACGCUCACCAACCAGUUCUCAGACAGUAAGCAGCACAUCGAGGUCCUCAAGGAGUCACUCACUGCCAAGGAGCAGCGAGCCGCCAUCCUACAGACUGAGGUGGAUGCCUUGCGCUUGCGCUUGGAGGAGAAGGAGUCGACUCUGAAUAAGAAGAGCAAGCAGAUUCAAGAAGUCUCAGAAGAGAAGGGCACACUCAAAGGGGAGAUCCACGACCUCAAAGACAUGCUGGAGGUCAAGGAGCGCAAAGUCAACGUGCUGCAGAAAAAGAUCGAGAACCUGCAGGAGCAGCUGAGGGACAAGGAGAAGCAGAUGAGCAGCCUGAAAGAGAGAGUGAAGUCUUUGCAGGCAGACACCUCAAACACUGACACUGCCCUCACCACACUAGAGGAGUCUCUUGCAGAAAAGGAGCGCAUUAUUGAGCGUCUAAAAGAGCAGCGAGACCGAGACGACCGGGAGAAGACGGAGGAGAUUGACAGUAACAAAAAGGAACUGAAAGAGUUGAAGGAGAAACUGAGCCUCCUGCAGGGGGACCUGUCAGACAGAGAGACGUCUUUGUUGGACCUGAAGGAGCAUGCAUCAUCCCUGGCAUCCUCCGGUCUGAAGAAGGACUCCAAACUCAAGAGCAUGGAGAUCGCCUUUGAACAGAAAAGGGAGGAGUGCCUCAAAGUGGAGAAUCAGCUUAAGAGGGCUCAAAACGCAGCCCUGGAAGCUCAGGCCAACACCGAGCUGCCAGAGCGCAUUAAGAACCUCCAACAGGAAGUUGCCCGCCAUAAAGAGGAUUCUGGGAAGGCGCAGGCUGAGGUGGACCGCCUGCUGGAGAUCCUUCGGGAAAUGGAGAAUGAGAAGAAUGACAAGGACAAAAAAAUCAAUGAGCUGGAGAGGCAGACCAAGGACCAGUCAAAGAAGGUGGCGUCUCUGAAGCACAAGGAGCAGAUAGAGAAGAAGCACAAGGAGCAGGUAGAAAAGAAUAGGAAUGCUCGACUCGUGGACGAGGCCAGGAAGAGGGAGGACAAUAUGUCAGAGAGCUCCCACCUGGUGAAGGACACUCUACGUCAGAAGUCUGAGCGCAUAGAGGAGCUGGAGGAGGCCCUGCGAGAGAGCGUUCAGAUCACUGCGGAGCGAGAGAUGGUGCUGGCACAGGAGGAGGCUGCCAGGUCACUCCAGGAGAAACAGAUGGAGGAGCUGCUGGGGGCCAUGGAGAAAGUGAAGCAGGAGCUGGAGUCCAUGCAGGCCAAGCUGUCCUCCACCCAGCAGUCUCUUUGUGAGAAAGAGGCACACCUGUCAACGCUGCGAGCGGAGCGCAGGAAACACCUGGAGGAGGUGCUGGAGAUGAAGCAGGAGGCGCUGCUGGCCGCAAUCAGCGAGAAGGACGCUAACAUUGCCCUGCUGGAGUUGUCCUCUUCUAAGAAGAAGAAGACCCAGGAUGAGGUGUCUCUGCUGAAAAGGGAGAAGGACAGAUUGGUGCAGCAGCUCAAGCAGCAGACUCAGAACAGAAUGAAACUGAUGGCAGAUAACUAUGAGGAUGACCAUCUGAAGACCGCUCCUGACCAGUCAAAUCACAAGCCCUCUCCUGAUCAGAUGAUACCCCCUCUUCUGGCCCUGUCCCAGAACCGCAGUAAACUCAAGCUCUACAUCGCCCACCUGACUGACCUCUGCCACGACCGUGACCCCGGCAUCCUCAGCAAGCUCACGCCGCCCUCUCACUACCACCACAGCGACCCCGAAGACUGGGAGGAGGAGCUCCAGAAGAUGAGUGUCCAACAGUUGGAGAGCGAGCUGGAGGUGUGUGAGAAGGAGAGCGGCGAGCUGCAGGAGUACGCCAACUCUGUCCUGCAACAGAUCGCUGAUUACUGCCCCGAUAUCCUGGAGCAGGUUGUUAACGCCUUAGAGGAGUCAUGCUGACCACGCCGACCUCGGACACAAACCGGCCGAGUCCUGCUCUCCAUACGAUCCACAGCCUACGGCCACUCAACAAGGCGUCUGGCAGGAGGAGAGUAAACACGUGAGAUAUAUAACCCCGCCCAGCUUUGCUUCUUCGCUCCCCUCUUCUUCCCCGGAACAUGCUUUUACAACCAACUCUUAUGUGCUUUCCAAAGUGUGACCUUGUAAAAAUUAGAAUUGGGGACGGUCACUAAGGGUGUAGAAAUAUUGUCAAGUAGGGCACUUCAGAGUGGAUUUCAGAUCAUACCAGGCAAAAGCUGUGGCAGAUGGUGGCGUAAAAGUACGCACUUGAUCACAUUAUCACUCAUUAUCAGCUCACUAGCAAGCACUUGUGAACUCACAAAAUUCCGUUAUUUUUUUGGGCUCGACGUAAACUUGGAGAGAUCUCAGUCUGUCUGGGAUUGGGUGGGUUGGGAGACAAAGGAUACGAGAUGAAAGAAGCAAACUCUUUAUGCUCAAAGUCUUUGAGCAUACUGCCAUCCUUCGUCUCAGACGUCUUCAUUCACAGCAGGAACUGCUCGAUCAAGCACAGAUACCUCACACACAGCGAUCUCAGUAUUUUAGCCCUUAUAUUACUCUUGCAUACCUUUUUAAUAGAAAAAUAGGGGUAAAUUUAUUCCUCACAUGGGGCAGGAAAGCACUUUUUGACUGGGGAGCUGCUACAUCUAGAAGGGGGCCCGAGAGGUGCUCAGUUCAGUGGGUAAAUAAUGCAGCCGUGUUGAUGCUUAUUUGUAUUGUAGUCCGUGGUCCCCUAACUAGAAGGUUGGACUCUAGUUGGAGACACAAACCCCGGUGGACGGACCUCCGAGCACUGAAGUGCUACAUUUUAACCAAAUAUGAACGAAGCUUGCUCUCCAAGUUUCUAUGGAUCUGUCAUUGUAGCGAGGACCAAGAUGUAGGUACGUGUUACUGUGUAGUCUGUGGCUGGGCCACUGGCACGAAAGAGAGGGGGGGGGGGGGGGGGGGGGGGGGGGAAUCUAGGCCUGACCUUUUGACACUGGUCAAAUGUUAGCUUUUAAGUUACACAAUGUACUCAAAUACAAAUAUGAGAGCGAGAAAAGAAAAAGUUAUUCUGAGACUCAUUUACUUUUAGAUAGUUUUGCACACAACGUCCACUUGUUUAUGAGGUAUGCAAUGUUUCUUUUGAGAACGUUCUAGUGGCCUUGGAGCAUGAACAGAGAUCAGUACUGGACCUAAUGCAGGGAUCUUUUUUUUUUCUCCUCUGUUAUGUUGGUGCUAAGGCAUAAUGUAGGAUCCACUGAUCAUUCAGUCUCAUCCAAAGUUUCUGUAGAUGCUUCUUGAAGCCCACCUGAUCUUUAGUUGGUCGAUUGGAUCACUGAAGAAUACAAGCGAUGCUUCUUGUAUUUCCUGAUGACUUACAAAUGCAAGUGAUGCCUCCCUUUAUUUUAUUUUUUUAAUCUUCAGGGCUGAGGUUAUUAAUUACUAAAUGCGUCUACAUUUACAGGAAACAGGAAGUCACUUUUCAGCAGAUUUAGACUUUUUAGAUCAGUUUGUAAAUAACAUGAUAUUUAACACCUAUAGUGACUGAAUAAAGUUAUUGAGUGAAAGGUGUUGUGCAUUAUUUGAAAAGAAUAUCUAAAGUUUAAAGCAGUGCAGUUUUGUCAAAUUUUGUCGUCAGGACAAAGUGUGUGUGUGACAGUACUGCCAUAACUCGAGCAAAGUCAUGUUCUAUAGAGAUCUAUAUAAAUACAUAUAUAAAAUGUUUACUGUAUGGAUAUGCAUUGAAUGUUUGCACAGAAUCUUAAAGAGCAAAAUGACCGUUGAGUUGGUGUCUUCAGCAGAAACUGAGGAAAGUGUCAAAAAAAUAUUUCGUGUCAAAAAUAGUGUGUGCACCAUAAAUGUUUUCGAACCGUGACUGUGUGCUGGGGGAGUAACUUCCUUGCAUUUCCUUCUAAUCAGCGUUUUAAAUUUAUUAUCCUGAGAUUCCAGUGUUUUUAUUCCUACCUGUUUUGGUUUUUUUGGUUUGUGUCAAAAGCAGAUUGUGCUUGAUGGUUAGAAAAAAUAAAGUCAACAAUCCUGGAC